UAUCUGUCAAAUUUCCUACGCGCUUCGUUGUAUUUUUAUGGAAUUUCUUGUAUAUUUUCUUAUUUGAUUUGUUUAAAAUUCGUUUGUAUCGACGGUUUGAUGACCUAUCUUCACGACAAUGUCCAAAAGGAAGGCUGGAGUUAACGAUAUCAUUUAUGAAUUGGAUAAUGAUGACAUCGAAUUAAGUAGCGAAGAUGAAGGUAAACAUCCUAAAAUUAACCGCCUGGAGCCUAAAAUCGGCUCACAAACCUCAAGCGACGACGUUACUAUUGAAGAAACUCCUGUAGAAUGUAUAGAUAUCGACUGCUCUAUCGAAACUAUUGAGAUUGAAUCGUCGCCUACUAAAGCACAGAAUGGAGGGAAAAGUCCAAAUGUUAUUCAACUUGAAGACGACGACGAGCAACUGGUGGUCGAGGAGGACGAUAUCACUCAGAAACAGAAGAGCAACACUUCUGGGUCAUCAAUAUUUAAUGAAGAUAUAGUUGUUGAUUCUCCAGCAUCUAAUACAGACCUGGGUGUAGCGGGUUGUGAGAAUCGGACGCCUUUGUUCACAGUGCGCUUUAAAGAUAAAAAGAUAGCUAAAGCUUAUAAGGAGGAAGUGAAAGCCUUUAUGUUGAAACUUAUUAAACUGCAUGACACUGAAUCUUUGGAGGGCUCGGAAACAGAAACUGACUUAGAACUUGAUAUUUGGCCUGAAGACUUACAGGAUGCUGACAGUAUGCCUCAAAUAGAGUCGCAAGAGGAGACAGAGGAACAAGACAACUUUUUCUUUGUCGAUACUGACCCAUCUACUCAGGAACCUGGUCAAAUACCAAGAUACAAACAGGCAGAUACUGUAAUGUGCAACGUACCAGCAAAAGAGCCCACGCCCCCACCUGUGCUGCGUCGAGGCCCAACUUGCUUUAACUGUGAUGGCGCGCAUCCAUUACGAGACUGCACAGUACCGAGAGACAAUGCUAGGAUCGCAGAGAAGAGAAAAAAUAUGGUUAAAGUUGGCCGAUACCACGUAGAAGACGAACAGAAGUACGGACACCUGAUCCCCGGCCGCAUCUCUGGCAAUCUGCGACAUGCACUUGGCUUGAAGCGGAGCGAGAUCCCACUCUACAUAUACCGGAUGAGAUUGCUCGGAUACCCGCCUGGCUGGCUUGAGGAGGCGCGGAUAUCACACUCUGGGAUUACCAUGUUUGACUCCACGGGAAGCGCAAUAAGGGACCCUGAAGAGGAAGAGGGCGAGGUGUGCGAGCCGGGCUCCAAGGACAAGUUCGACAUCAAGAAGAUACUCGACUUUCCUGGCUUCAAUGUUCCAGCGAGUUCGCGUUAUAGAGAGGAAGCCCAUCUAUACGGCUUGCCGCCUAUAUCGGAGCAGGACAGCAAGAUAGCCAUGCUUCAGAUGUUAGCACCGAAUGCCAUGAAAGCUUACAAGAGGAAAAAACUGACAUUCUUUCCUUCGGCUGAUAAGGCUAAGGCCGACGGGCAGGCUGAGAUGGAGUUAGAUAGUGGCGAUGAAGUCGCCGAGUUCCCAUCAGUACCACCGCUGCCAGACGACGCGCCGCCCCCACCUCCACCACCCCCUGAAUGUCCACCCCCACCGCCAGACUCACCUCCCCCACUCCCCAAAUCUCCCCCUAAAUCCUCCCCACCCCCCACCCCGCCCAAGUCCCCGGAGCAGCCUGAGAAAGAGACCGACAAGUUGAACGAGACGGACGAUAUAGAAAUAGUGACGGUGACCGAGGUGAAGGAUAUACCGAUGCCGAUGGAUGCGUCGCAUAUCACUAUUGAAGAUGAUUUGGACAAAACUGAACUAAGCAGCGGUCAAAUUAGUCCCAGCCUAGAUGACUUAGAAGAAAAGAAACGACUCUUGCUCACCGCUUUGGAAACAGACGUCACUCUACCCGUAUCCCCUAUCAUCGCCAUAGACACAGAACCAAGCAAAAAUCCAAACGAAGACACAAUCAGUGAAAUUGAAACCGAAAUUGACAGUAAAGAGUCUACAGAAACAGGUGAUAAGGAUCAAGUGCCUAAUGCAGUACCUUUAAGAUUGGAAAUUGAUACUAAUGCAUCACCUUCAAGUAUAGAAAGUCCAAGUAGAGAUCCAUUAUCAGCCGAAGCCAGAACACCCACAUCAGACAACAAAGGCGUCAAAACAACCGCCUACGGAACACCGGUCUUAAACAUUGCUUCCCCGUAUGUCAAAUUACCAAGUGACUCGAACUUUGCUAAAGACAUUUGUGACGUUAUAAAUUUUGAGAAUCUCCCCAACUCGACGGGGAAGUAUAAGAAAAUAUGUAAUCUGUUGAAAAAGGUGAAGAGUGAAGUGGACAGGAUACACGACUCGUGAAGUGAUCACUGACUUUAUUGUAAUACUGGAUAGGUCGCUAUUAUUCUCCU